UACCGCACCGGUAAGUCAUGAAUUUGGAAAACAUUAUAAUGAAUAUAUGUACUCUAUUUCAGUGUUUAUAAAUAGACUAGUUAUUUAAUGCUCAAAUUAGUCAAUCUUUUAUUUAUCUGAAAACAUUGUUUCAUUCAAUAUUUUAGUCCCUAAACUCUAAAUACCUGCCAGUAAACCAUCAGCAUGGCGGCAAAGAAGGUGGUUCCAUAUAACAUGGAUGUUAGAUUCCUUUGUCUUGAUGCGGAAUCAAAUACGCAUGCACUUCCAGCACUGAAAUCUAAAAUUGCUGACAUUCCCAAGGAAAAAAGAAGUACAUUUUUAAAUCAUAAAGAUGAAACUGGGAAUCGGCCACUUUUUUAUGCGACAAUUGGAAGGUCAUGUCGUACCAUUGAAUUUUUGACAUCUGAAGGUGGAGAUCCAAAUCUACAUGAUGAUGAUGGCUACACUCCUCUUUUUUACGCGACUGGUGAAAAAGAUCAUUUGGAGACAGCAAAGUGUUUGCUUGAAAAUGGUGCAGAUCCAAACUUUAUACGUCAACCUGAUGGCAUUUCUCCAAUACUAUUUGCUACUUAUUUUAAAAAGCCACACAUUGUCAAAUUGUUAUGGCAAUAUGGUGGGAAUCCAAGAAUUCCUUCGACGGAAGGAAGAGUUGCUCUCAAUGUUGCAGUAAUGAAUGGAAGUAAAGAGUGUAAAUCAUUGCUUUGUGAUAUGGUUCGAUGUUUAGAUCUGAAAGAGGAGAAAAGGGGAGCGGUGUGUGCGAAUUGUAGUUCUUCAGUAGAGAAGCUGAAACGCUGUGGAAAAUGCAGUGCGAAAUUGUACUGCAGCAAAAACUGUCAAAUAGCAGACUGGAAACGAGGUCAUAGACAAAGUUGUAAGGGAUUUUUGAUUGCUAAGGUCGAAGUUGAUUCUCUAAAAGAUCAGGAGUGGAUGUUUACACUUUCUAAAAAACUUGGAGCAUCUUGUCCUCCAUCAGAGGGAAAAGACUUCAAAACAGAUGUUUCUCAUCAUGUGGGAAAACAAUUCAUCGUAAGAGUGCACAUAGCUGAAGUUCUCAAUAAUAUAUCCGAUCGAGAUAAAUUGAUCAUGGUAUAUUGUGAAGAUCGUUGUCGCACGUAUUGGAUAAGUGAAGAAGGUGAUAAGGAAACUUAUGAAAAAAUGGAACAAAUAUUACGUGCAAAUGAAAGUAAAAAUUAUGGCCAUUUUUGGGCUGAAAUUCAUUCUUAUAAAGAUCCAUCAAUUAAAAUAUUCUUUGAUCGACCAUCUGCACAGAGUUGGUGAAUAACAAUGAUAUGAUUUUUAUAUCUAUCUCAAGAAGCUGAAAUUAAUAAGACUGGAUUCAUCAUAAGACUUUGGCAUAUGUUAGAAAAAACGUUUACCGCCAGUCCCUCUUUAAUCUAUCCAGUAACGCAGUCACACAUCAUGUUUUACUGAUUCUAAUGGUUGUAUGCCAUGCGCCCAUCGCAAUGAACCAACAGUUUCAACAUCCUGUAUAAACUUCUUGAUUUGCUUUUUGCUGUGUUUGCUUUCAAUACUAUUUUAUUAUUUCAUAUGUAAAUAAAAUAGCUUUUAGUAAUGGACAGUUAUUUGUAGGCUAUAAAGAAUUCAAUGAAUAGUUUCAUCUAAUUUUUCUGUGUAACAGGAAUUUGUAGCAUUAAUAUGUUAUAGAUAAUUGAACAAUACUUUGUUUACUUAAGGUCCUAUCACUGAGGCUAAGUAUAUUGUGUAUUCCAAACGAAAAAAUAUCAGUGAAAAAUGGUAUAUUCAUCUUUUCUAUUGAUUGAACAAAAUCUAAGAUUAAAAAAAAAAAUGUUUUGUAAUUAUUGUUUCAUAAGCAUGUGAUUAGGCUUUUGGUUUAAGUGAAUUUUGUACUGUAACAUUUGUAAUUCAUUACAAGUGAUAAAAUAUGAUGCAAAGAAGUUUGUUGGGUUAUAUAAGCCUCGGACGUGAAGUCUGCAUCUGUGGUUCACCGAUAGUCAUUCAGAAAAGAACAAGACGUAAUCAGUUUAAAAUUAAUCCAGCGCAGUUGGAACAAAAGAUGAACAAUUUUAUGACAAGAAAAAAAAAAUUUAAAAAGUUCAACAUGGAUGAAGAAGAAUUCGUCUCUUCUACCAGAUCAUCAUCAAUCACAUGUCCCAAGAAAGCAAAUACAAAGAAGCUAAGUGAAAAUGUCAUCAUUAGAGAAAGGAAUAUCAGUAACCUAUUAAAAACUGAAAUUCAGAAUUUGGUGGAAUCUGGAGAACUGGGCAGUGAGGUUCAAGAACUAAAUUUAACAUUCACCAAAUCAUCUAUGGCAUCUCAGGAUAUUUGUAGAAUCUUAUGGGAACCAGAUAAUUCGGCAAAAGAUGUGGAAAUAUAUGAAACUUUGAAUGGGUUAAGCGGAAGGAUUCGACAUCUUUUGAUAUCAAGUCAUGUUUUCGGUAAUAUACCAAAAAUUCAAUUUUAUAUGGAUUAUGAAUCUCAACGAUUAGCCAUGGCUGACAAAAUUUUAAACGAACAAGAACUGGAUAUCGGACCAGAUGCAGAUCAUGUUGAUUCUAACAUCGAAUCUAAUGAAGAAAUCAAAAACACUACACAAUCUGGAAUAAAUGAUUUAAAUUAUGACAAUUUAUAUAGUAAACUUGUUAAGUUGAAAAAAACUAAUAAAAUCGAUAAAUCUUA